AUGGCGCCAAGAGGUCGACCAAAAGAUAAAGAGGCGGCGAAGUCAAACACCCAGGACGCGGUGGUUGAGGAGGAGCUGUCAUGGCUCAAACAAGUCAUGGAAGAGUCGCAGAGCGAGGGCAAAGAGCACUACGGCACCCUCACACAGGCGGACUUCGACAAGCUCAAGAGGGACAGGGACAGCAUCCUGCCCGAGUUCUGGUCUGACAAGGACGAGGCGCAGGUGCAGGCCCAAUGGGCUGGGGAGCGUGCCCGAAGGCCUUGCAAGCAAGCCAAUGCAUAUGAGCUGUACCUGUGGAAGACGUGCGCGAGGUUCCUCAGGUGCCUCCCGACCGAGCUGAUCGGGAUGAGGUACGGCCUGGAAUACGACACCGCACAGCCGACACAGAACUGGACGGCAUCCUUCUGCAACCACCUGGUCAAGAUCAUCGCGCACCCCAUCUUCGACAACAGCCCCGACAAGAUUGCGCUGGCCGUCAAGUUCCCGGUGUGUUCGUGGCAACGCCUCCACUGGGUCAUCCCUGACCUCAACGACCUCUUCCUCCAGGUUGUCAAGGAGGUGGCAGAGAACAAUGAUGAGUUGGUCGGCGCCGAGCUCGUGCGGGACUCCAUCAAGGAGUGGAGGGCCCGUUGGCCGGAAGGAGAGCUGCCACAAUGGGCGCAGCUGCUCAGGGCGAUCGUUGCGAACAGCAAAAAGCCAAUCUCCAAUGCCGAAUUCCCUCACCAGGUCGCCACCGAGCACGUCAGUGCCGUAGUCGCCUCUCUGGACGAGACCAGGCACGGCAAGCUGCGCGUAUAUCACAGCGCCGAUCUCUUUGAGCGAGGGCUCAGGGAUAUCCGCGCCACGGUCGACCUGCUGAAGAAUUACAAGGACCCCGUCGAAGAGCUGCUGGCCGAGGGCAUCAUCCACAACCGCCGGUUGCAGGUGCUACGUCAGCGCCACCCGGACGUCGGCGACAUAUACAAGCAUGUCUCUCAUCCUUUGGGUGUCCGGAAGGCGCCAAAGAAGGAGUAUGCCGACAUCUACGUCGAGUCUGCCGCUGCCGGGGCAGGACAGCCUGCACAACCCGCCCAACCUGACAACUCAAAGAAGAGGAAGGCCGGACGGCCAAGGAAGGACAAGCCCGCGCCAGCCAAUACCUCGGGCGGCGGCGGCGGUGCAUCGGGCGAUGCAUCGGGCGCUGCCUCGGGCGCUGCCUCAGGCGCCACGGCUGCAAAGAAGCGACGAGGGCGGCCACGCAAGAACGCCGAGCCAGUGGAGACCACUCCAGAGGAGACAGACGAGGAGGAGUACACACAAUCGGACAGCUCCAAUCCCCCCGUUGUGCUGAAGCGCCUCAGGCGAGGUAGGGCAUCGCACAAGUUGGACUCGGAAGAGUCGGACUCUGCCCCUCAGCCUGCUGCCCAGGCGAGCGAGUCCGGGCGUGACCUGCCCAGUGCCAAACCGGGCAAAGCUUCCAGUGGCACCGCACUCUCUCCGUUUGGUCUACAGAGAGGUGGCGAGGACAUCUUCCAUCCUUUCAUGUCGACUGAUGACAGGCUCCCGUCGGGAAGGAAAAAGACCUCCGUGCCAGAGAGCAUCGCCUCCUCCGAUGAGCGGCGGGAUGGACCGUCGUUUCCAGCCCUCUUAUUCGGCGACAACGAUGUCGCCGCCGACGACGGAUUCCAAAUGGACGUUGACGAUGAUAUCCUGCAGGGUGAGCACGGCGAGGCGUCCGGUGGACUUGUCCUUCCACGGCAGCAGUCGGAUGACAGUCCCUCCAAGGCCCGGCCAGUCACAUCGCACUCGCAGGAUCUUGGGCAGGAGUCCGACGCCCAUGAGAACGCCGCCGAGGAGGCCAGCUCUGCCGCGGCCGAUGAUGACACCUCAGGGUCUGACGACGACGUGAGCCCGGUUGACAGGGGCGUGUCAGUCCAUAUCGAACAAGAUGGGGAUCACUUUGACAGUGUCGACCAGACAAAAGCCGGGCUUGUACGUCUUGCCGACAUGCCCACCACUGUACCCAAAGCGCAAGCGCCACAGCAUGGUACAAUGUGGGAUGGGAAUGCCUUUGAAUAG